AUGGUUCGGGUGAAGGACUGGUACCAUCCAGACCGUCUCGGAGGUGGAAGUUCAUCAGAGUCUGGUGUCAAGAAGUUUCUAGAAGUGGACGCAGCCUGGAAGGUUCUCAGUGACCAGACCUCUAGAAGACAUUAUGACAUGAAGAGGAGGGAACAGGAACUGAAACAAGACUGGACCGUCGAUUCUACGGUCUACCUGCAGGACAUGACCUGGGACUCAGACGAGUGUGAAUACACGUACUGCUGCCGCUGUGGAGGAAGAUUCAGCGUCUCCAAGGAGGAGGUGGAGCAGCAGCAGGCAGAGAGCAUCCUGGGAGAUGAUGAAGUGCACAAAGCCACAGAGAGCGGCGUGCUGGUCUGCUGCGAUACCUGCUCACUAACCAUCUUUGUCGCCUUAAAUGAUAAUAUUGAAAUGUCAAAAUAAAUGUUUUAAGUAUAAAACACUCCUGACUC